AUGCCUUCUGGGUCGUCGUCUGGUGAUACAAGAAAAACCUUCGUUUUGACAACAACAGCGAACUAUUUUGGUUUAUCUCCUUCUGAUGGCGCUUUUAAAGACCUACAUGACCGCAAGGAACUCAAUACCUUCCUAGAUGAUGGCAACUGUCCGGUUUUGGUUGCUAACUGCGAAGCUAAACAAAGCAAGAUUAACUUAAGUAAUAGUGUUGAUUCAACUGUUGCUACUGACAAACUUUUGUUAUUUUUCAAGCUUCAGCCUGCUGUUAUUACUCCAGACAACUUGCAUGAUAAUGUGUUCGUAUCGUCCAUGUUAGAUUCUCCCAUUGACACUUUUUAUCACGCUGUGCAAAAAGUGUAUGCUCCACUUUUAUUGAAAGAUGAUAAAUGGAGUCAGAAAUUUGAUCCAAAGUUACAGACUUUGUUGAGUGAACUUGAAGCAGGUCUUGCCACGGUUGUGCGCAAGCAACAGUUUACUGGUUCGGGAAAGAAAUCACUGGCAAGCGAGGAAAAUGUUGGUGGGAUCUUGACUCCUCAAGACGAAUUCCAGUAUUGGGCAGAUGCGGCAGUGUCGGGUUAUGAUUUAAGUGAAAGAGAAAGAGCUACGUACUUUCAAGAACUAUUCCAAAAAG